AUGGACCUCAUUGCUGACGGGCUGCUGCCCCCAGCGACCGGGAUCCAGGAAAUAGCAGAGAGACGAGACGUAGACGAACGAGAACAAGAUGGCGUCCCGUACGGAAACACACCUCAGAACUACGGUGUCCCACAGCGGCCAAACAACACUCGAACCACUUUGCUGAGAAAUUUACUUUUCUUCUGCGGUUAUUCAAAUGAUUCUGGCAAAGACUCGGCCGGGUCUGGGCCCAGAGAUCCGGCUGAAGUGCGGUCCGCCUGGUUUUCCGAGUCCAGCAACCCACAACCAGGCCGGAAGCAGCCACCCGAGCUGGGCGGCCAUUACUGUCCUGGCGUCCUGGUCCAGACAGUCAGUAGCGGUUCCCAGGAGCCCGGCCCACAUGUUCCUCCGGCUGACUGUGACACCGCCCACUCCUUUUCCUCGGGGCCGAGUCUGGAAGUCAGACUUGAUGCUCUGGAGGCGGACAGAGGCGCGGACUCUUCGCGGGAGAAGAUGCCGCUGACCGAGGCGGCAGCGCUGGGUAAACCGGUCCAGGAAGCUCCCUCCGCGGCUACACAGCAGGGGACCCCGGGGAGAGAGGAGCAGUCCGUGGCCGAGCCUCUGGAGGACGAGCUGGACAACCAAGAGAACAUCAUCAGCCAGCUGCUGAGUGAUUACGACAAAGUGAAGACGGUGUCGUCAGGCUCCGACUGUGUUUGUCGCUGCAUCGUUCGACCAAUCAAACGCUCCGACUGCAGCCGUCUCCACGACAGCGAUGACCUCGCGUCACCCUCCCAGGAUUUUUACACGGUGGAGACGGUUACCAAGGGGACGGACUGUAAGAAGUGCGUGUGCAUGGCUCCACCUUCAGCGGUCAACCCCUGCGAGGGAGAGUACAGGUUCAAGAAGCUCCAGGAGGCCAGCAAGGACAACAUCAAGCUGGCGACUAUCAUGGACUUGUUGGAAGGCUCUCUGUAUGGCAUGGACUUGUUAAAGCUCCACUCAGUCACCACCAAACUGCUGACCAGGGUGGACAACAUGGAAAAAGCCUUCACCCGUAACCUCACAGAGAGAAAGGAUUUCGAAGGUCAGCCGAAGAAGAACCAGCAGCAGGACGGUCUGGAGCUACAGCAGCCGACCAGGAACAAGACAGGAACUCAGAAGCCGAUCAAAGAGAAGACGGAGCCACGGCUGCCAGUCAAAGACAAGAGCAGCGUCGUCAUCAGGGGCGUGACCUAUUACAAGGCGGAGGAGGAGAGCUAUAAGGAGGAGGAGAGAGGGAGAGGGAAGAGCACGAACGUGACGGCGAACACCUCAGACAUACUGAUCUCUGACCAGCUCCCGCCCGCCAGGACGUCCCCCACCCACAAUCCAGCACCCGCCCCCACCGUUGGCAGAGACUACAAGGACCCCCCACCGAGGAGAGCAAGCCAGCCCCCCAAAGAUCCCCCCACCACCACCCAACAAACCACAACUACAACCAAACCGGCCCCCACCGCCAUGCAACCCACGCCAGAGCCAACAACCGCCAAACUGACGACUACUUCCCAACAAACGACCACUCCCAGGACUCCGCCCACCACACCUGUCGCUCAGCGCAACGCCUCGGCUUCAGAUACCAAUAUAGGUGCACCCACUGCUGCGCCUCCCACGGCGGAGUCUGCGCAGGGAGCCAGAAGUCGCCUCACCUGGACGGAGAGCCCGGCCGACCAACCCAAGACCACCAAAAAGCCCGGAGUGUGCAAGGACACCGUCGCCAGCCUGUCCGAUCCCGUCCAGCACAACUCGUACGGCCAGAGUGAGGGAGCGUGGAUGAGAGAUGCACGUGGCCACGGCAACGUCAUCUACCUUACCAGCGGUCACUAUGGCAACAACCUCCUAGAGUUCCGAGACAUGGAAACCUUCAAAUCAGGUCAGGUGAGUAACACCUACAAGCUGCCCUACAGUUUCACGGGGACGGGCCACGUCGUGUACAACGGGGCUUUCUACUACAACCGUGCGUUCAGCAGGGACGUCAUCAAGUACGACCUGAGACACAGAUAUGUAGCUGCCUGGACCACACUGCAUGACGCCAUACUGGAGGAGCAGGCUCACCGGACACAGACUGAAGUGGAGUUCGCCGUGGACGAGUCCGGCCUGUGGUUACUCUACCCCGCUCUGGACACGGAGGGCUUUCACCAGGAAGUCAUCCUGCUCACCCACCUCCGCCCCCGUGACCUCCUGCCGGUGCGCAGCUUCCGCACGGGCCUCCGGCGUGGUCACUACGGCAACAGUUUCCUGGUGUGCGGCGUGCUUUACGGCGUGGACAGUAUGGAGCGUCGCUACGCCAACGUGACGUACGCCUUCGACACACACACGCUCACACACACCGUGCCGAGCCUGGCGUUCACGAACAUGCACUCGCACACCUCCCAGCUGGCUUACUGCCCGCUGGACAAGAAGCUGUACGCCUGGGACAACGGACAUCAGAUGAUGUAUGACGUCACCUUCGCUUAUUAGCGCGGUGGAGG